GACACUGACAUUGCACGGCACAGCUGUUUCGCAGUUUAGCUUACGUCAAAACAAUAUUUUAUUUUCGUUCGUUCUACUUCUAAUUUAAGUGUUUAUAUAUGUAACAAAGCGUGACAAAGACCUAAAUAUAGGUUAAAUACACGUUGUAAACUUAAUUCUAUCAAUUUUAAGUCAGCAUGGGUGACGGAAACAAAAGUUCCCUUCGAAUAGAUUGGUUCGAUGGCACGUUGAUAGAAGAAGCAAGGCCUAAUACCUCAACUACCUCAGCUUUUGAUGAUGAAGAGCAACCUGAACCAAAGCCAGAACCUAAACCUCAAUUUACGGAGAAAAAACCAAUAGGUUACAAACGACUUCUCGACAUUUCAACAUUACAACCUCCAAUUUUAAAUUUGGAAGUGUCCCAUAGACCAGGAUUUUGGAAUCUUUUAGACGAAGAAGAACUCAAAGGUGACUUUAUAGUUUUAAUUGUGAGAGUACUAGCAAAUGUAUACAAGACUUUGGAGCCUAAUGAAUCUUCAAAAAUAGUGAAAUUGCUUAGAACAAGGUUUCAGAGUUCAAAAUUUUUGGUGAAUAUUAAAAACUAUUUAGAUGAAUUACCGAGUGUUCGAAUCGUUGAAAAGAGGUUGAACUCCCUUCUCUGGGAUGAUCCUGAAGCAUUUUAUUUUACUGUAUUAGAUCUAUGUGAGGGUAUUAUAAACUUUGAAAGAGAGAACCUGGAAUUUAUAAAAGAUAUAUUGGACUUAUUGGAAAUAACUGAAGUCAGCGUUUUUGGUGUCCGUGAAGAGCACACUGAAAGAUUCAGCAAUGAGUUGUUUGCCAGGAUUGAACAGUUGAAAACUAAAGCAAUGAAAUUGUUAAAAGAUGAAGACUUUGAGGAAGAAGAAGACGAAAUAAUCCCACAACCAGAAACAACUAACACAGACAAGAAUUACUUCAAGAACUUAAACAUCUUUCCCACAAAAGAUGACUUACUCUCCGAUAACACAAUACCUAUAAAACCAAAUAUCAUAAAUGGAGCAUACCCUACCGUAGAAGACUACUUAGAUAUACAGCUCAAGUUGUUACGAGAAGAUUGUUUCGGACCAUUACGGGAAGGAAUAUGUAAAUAUUUGGACAAUCCUAGUAAAAGACGGCAUGAGAAUAUUAGGGUAUUCCCAAAAGUACGUAUUAUCCGUAACUACGUAAGCAACAACCGGGUUGGUCAUCUAGUGGACAUAGCGUGGAAGGAACGGUCCACCAACGGCACGGUGGACAGCAAGAGAUAUGCGUACAACAAGCAACUCAUGUUCGGAUCCCUUCUACUCUUCACCAGUGAUAAUUUCGAGACAAUUUUGUGCGCUACUGUACUGGAUUCUAAUAUGGCCUUGCUCAAAGAUGGAUAUGUAGCAGUGUCAUUUCAAAAUCCUACAUCAAAAAGCAUUUUCGCCGAAGCUUUUCUCAUGGUGGAGAGUGAAGUGUUCUUCGAACCGUACCACAGAGUAUUAAAAGUAUUGCAGGAGUCUCGACUAGAUGAUCUGCCAAUGAAACGAUAUAUUGUUGAUGUUCAGCCGGAAACUCGCCCACCAGCCUAUUUAUCACCAGAAACAAUAUACACAGUUCCUUACGACACAGAAGACUUACCAUACCCAGUACUAGACACAAGCCAAUGGCCAGAUCCAGUGUUCAAACUCGACGACUCCCAACUUGAAGCCUACAAGUUCGCCCUAACACGAGAAUUCGCUGUAAUCCAAGGCCCACCCGGUACAGGAAAAACGUACAUAGGGAUCAAAAUCGCAGCCACAAUACUCAGAAAUCUAUCCCUAGAAGGAACCCCAAUGCUCAUUAUUUGCUACACGAAUCACGCCCUUGAUCAAUUUCUAGAAGGAAUUUUAGGUAUUACUAACAGUAUUGUCCGUCUAGGCAGCCAAAGCAAAAGCCCCCUUCUUGAGUACUACACUCUACAUAACUUAAGGUCCAAAAUCAAAUGUAAAUACUCAUACCUGUACGCUUCUAAACGAAAUGAGUUAGAGAAGAUUUUUAAAGAGAUGACUGAUCUUCAGAGUGAGAUUGAGAAGUGUGAGAAAGAGGUUGUUUCAUACAAGAAUUUGAAGCCGUAUUUAAAGAUUGGAGAGAAGAAUUAUGAGUUAAGAAGUACUGUAGAAGAUAGUGUUCUUCAUUGGUUAUUUGGGUCUUUUGAAGAAGAUUCACAAACUGCUAAAAUUGUAGAACUUGAUAAAGAGGUUGACGUAGAAGAUUGGGAGAAGUUGGAUGAUUUGGCUCUAAGGGAAGAAGUUAAUUCGUGUUUCUCUGAAAAUUGGGCUUUAACAGAAAUAGAUUCUAUGAUGAACAGUAUAAGAUAUGUGAAUGAUGUUACUGAUAACCAUUUAGAGGCUAACCAGAUGACGGAGAAAUUUAAAACUGAGAUUAGAAGAAUUAGCAAAAGAUUGGAGUGUUUUAAGAAAUACAGAACACUACAAAACAGCAAUAAAGAAGAGUUCAAAUUGAAUCAAGUUGUAGACUUGUACAGCUUGAACCAAGAACAGAGGUGGCAACUGUACUACACGGCUGUUGGGGCGUUGAAGAACGAAUUGCUAUCGAAAAUGAACGUUUUGUUGGAACAACACAACACGGCUAGCCAGGAACUGAAUGAAGUAUCGACGUUAAUUGAUGGUGAAGUUAUGAGGACGGUCAGAGUGGUCGGAGUCACCACCACCACGGCCGCUAGGAGACACGAUCUUAUGAGGAAACUGCACUCGCCUAUAGUGAUCGUCGAGGAGGCGGCAGAAGUACUAGAAGCUCAUAUCGUGGCGUCACUCACUCAUCAGUGUCAACAUCUCAUACUCAUAGGUGACCACAAGCAGCUCAGACCAACAGCAGCUCACUACAAACUAGCGAAAGACUACAACUUAGAGAUAUCUCUAUUCGAACGUAUGAUACGCAACGGUAUACACGCGCGUACUCUCACUACGCAACGCAGAAUGAGUCGGAACUUCGUAGAGUUGAUUGUUCCUGCAAUAUACGAUAAAUUGGAUACGCAUAAUAGUGUGGACUCGUAUCCAGAUGUGAGAGGCAUGAAGGAUAAUUUGUAUUUCUUCACUCAUGACGUGUUUGAGGAUUCUGAGGGUAUGGAAGACAGUUGGAGUCACAGGAAUACGUUUGAAGCUAAAUGGUGUAUAGCACUAGUGCAGUAUUUUAUCAAAAUGGAUUACACGCAAGACGAGAUCACGAUACUCGCUACUUAUAAUGGGCAGGUCAAUCUACUUAGAGAACUAGCCAAACAAGACGAAUCUCUUCGCCACGUAAGAAUAACAGCAGUAGACAACUACCAAGGUGAAGAGAACAGGAUAGUGAUAUUGUCACUAGUAAGGAGUAACAGAGACAACAAGAUUGGCUUCUUGACCGCCCCCAAUAGGAUCUGUGUCGCUUUGUCUCGAGCUAAGGAAGGUUUUUACAUAUUUGGCAAUAUGACCGUGCUAAAGUCAGCGAGCAGUAUUUGGAGACAAAUUAACGACAAACUGGUUCAACAGAAAGCCAUUGGUCGAAGACUUACGGUGAUCUGUGAAGAGCAUAAUGAUAAUACUAUUGAUAUUGAAACUGUGGAAGAACUCAACACUUGCCUGUCGGGGACAUGUUUGAGGAUUUGUGAUAAGAAAUGAAGAACAAUAAUAAGAUUUAACAUUUUUUUAUUUUAUUUAUAACAUUGUGAAUUUUAAUACUUACUACGUUAUUUGUUGUCAAUAAAUAAAUAGUUUUAUAAAUUAUAAUGAUAUGGUGCGAAUCGAA